CAGCUUUUCAGUUUGAUUUUUCAGCUUAAAAAAGUAACGGUAAUUGAAAACCCCAUUCAAAUACAGAGUGGCUCUAAAAAGUCCUACUUUUUACACCAGUUGUUUGACAAAAUACGUACUCUCUCUCUCUCUCUCUUUCUCACUGGGAAUUUAACAGGAGAAUCGAAACUCAGUACAGAAAGGGUGCGUUUUUAGAGAGAGAACCCUUUUGGAGUCUUGGGAUUUAGAGAGAGAAACCUCUGUUUCAUACAGGACUCGAAAUGUGUCUUUAUCGUCUCUCCACUUUCCUGUUUCUUCUCGCACUUUCCGGCGUUGAAACUGUUUGUGGAAAUGUCGAGCUGAGAGCUCUCAUGGAAAUCAAGUCCUCUCUCGACCCAGAAAACAAACACCUCUCUUCAUGGACCAGCGAUGGCGACCCAUGUGGUGGCACAUUCGUGGGUGUGGUUUGCAAUGAUCACCGGAAAGUGGCAAACAUUUCCUUACAGAGCAAGGGUCUGUCCGGCGAGGUUUCACCGGCGGUGGCGGAGUUGGAGUGCUUGACGGGUCUGUAUUUGCAUUAUAAUUCUUUGACUGGAGAGAUACCCAAAGAGAUAGCGAAUCUCACUGAACUCACUGAUCUCUAUCUCGAUGUGAAUAAUCUAUCUGGGACUAUACCUCCCGAGAUUGGAGACAUGGCUAGUCUUCAAGUUCUGCAGUUGUGUUGUAACCAGUUGACUGGAAGCAUACCUACAAACAUGGGGUCUCUAAAGAAGUUAAAUGUUCUUGCUUUGCAUCAUAAUACACUAAAUGAAUCAAUUCCGGCAAGCUUAGGGGACUUGGGCAUGCUAAAAAGGCUUGAUUUGAGUUUUAAUCAGUUCUCUGGUCCAAUUCCAUUAAGCAUAGCUAACAAUCCACUAUUAGAAAUAUUUUAUGUCCAAAACAAUUCUCUCUCCGGACUCGUUCCUCCUGCUUUCAAAAGAUUGAACCAAGGAUUCCAGUGCGAGAACAAUCCGAGUCUAUGUGGAAUUGGGUUUUCCUCAUUGAGAGCUUGCUCUCCUUGGGAUAACCAGAACAUCAUUCAAGUUGAACCCUUCCAACCUAUAACAAGAAACAAUACUCUGGAAAACCCUAUUGCUGCCAAUUUCAAUACACACUGCAACCAAACUCGUUGUUCAAGGUCAUCAAAAUUCGUGCAAGUUGCCAUUGUUUCCUGUGCUACAACAUUUGCAGUGACAUUGAUCAUUGCUGGAUUCCUGAUUUUCAUUAAAUGCCGGAGGCAAAAACAGAAGAUUGGGAGUACAUUUGAUACUUCUGAUAGUCGGGUUAGCAGCACUGACCAGGCCAGUGAGUUUUACAUGAAAAAUGCCUCUCCAUUGGUGAGUCUCGAAUAUGGUAAUGGAUGGGACCCGUUGGGUGAUAGCCACGAUUGUAAGGGGGUUUAUCAGGAGCUUCCGCCGGGGUUUAAGUUCAAUUUGGAAGAAGUUGAAUCGGCAACUCAGUACUUCUCGGAGGCGAAUUUGUUGGGGAAGUCUAAAUUCUCUGCCGUCUAUAAGGGGGUUUUGAAAGAUGGGACCGUUGUAGCCAUUCGGAGCAUUAGUGUGACUUGUUGUAAGUCAGAGGAAGCUGAGUUCAUGAAAGGGUUGAGCUUGUUGAGCUCUCUGAGACAUGAAAACCUGGUUAGGUUGAGAGGUUUUUGCUGUUCAAAGGGCAGGGGUGAAUGCUUUCUCAUCUAUGAUUUUGCUUCUGAAGGAAACCUGUCACAGUAUCUUGAUGUGGAAGAUGGAAGUGGCCAUUUUCUUGACUGGUCAACUAGGGUUUCUAUCAUCGAUGGGAUUGCAAAAGGCAUUAGAUACUUGCACAGCAGUGAGAACGGCAAACCUGGCAUAGUUCACCAAAACAUUUCUGUAGAGAAAGUCCUCAUUCAUCAAAAUUUUAACCCAUUAUUAUCAGAUUCCGGUCUCCUCAAGCUCCUUGCAGAUGACAUUGUCUUCUCGGCUCUCAAGGUCAGCGCUGCCCUAGGAUAUAUGGCUCCAGAGUACAUCACCACAGGUCGUUUUACAGAGAAGAGCGAUGUGUAUGCAUUUGGAGUGAUCAUCCUCCAAAUCCUUUCCGGUAAAAGGAAACUCAGCAACUUGAUGCGAUUGGCAGCUGAAUCUUGCUGUUUGGAAGAUUUUGUCGACCCAAAUCUCAAGGGCAAGUUCUUCGACUCUGAGGCAGCCAAGCUGACAGAAGUCGCGUUGGCAUGCACUAAUGAGGUUCCGGAACAGAGGCCAACUAUGGAAGUGGUGGUUCAAGAGCUUAAGCAGAUGUGAUGGUGUACCUCUUGAUGGCCAUGAAUAUACUGUUUCUAACUUGAGAAACUUGGUGGAGAUGGUGAAUGGUGAUAUAGCACUUGGGAAGUGCUCAGUGGUGAUUGAAGCAACUGGUCAUGUCCACUGUUUCAUGGAGUCUCCUGAAGCUUAAUGACAAAAUCUAUGUUGUGAAUGUAAAUGAAAUUGGCUUUUAUUGAAGGUGGUAAAUAAGGGCUGCAAAUCCUGUGUCAUAUUCCAUGUUCCAAACAACUUCUGUAGCAUAAGAUUUUUCUCUAACUCAGAGAUUUGAGAUGAAGGGACAAGGAAUAGUGAAACAGAGGAUCCCAUUCCAUAAUGAAGAGAGGAAGACUUUGGAAAAUAACAAAAUAGCUCAUACAAUGUUUCUGCAUAAUUUAGUGAA